AUGAGAGACCAGACCAAAAGCAAACAGCCAGGACCAGCCAGGACCAGCCAAGACCAGCCAGGGCCAGCCAGGACCAGCCAGGGCCAGCCAGGACCAGCCAAGACCAGCCAGGACCAGCCAGGACCAGCCAGGGCCAGCCAGGACCAGCCAGGGGCAGCCAGGGCCAGCCAGGACCAGCCAGGGCCAGCCAGGACCAGCCAGGGCCAGCCAGGGCCAGCCAGGGGCAGCCAGGGCCAGCCAGGACCAGCCAGGGCCAGCCAGGGCCAACCAGGGCCAACCAGGGCCAGCCAGGGGCAGCCAGGGCCAGCCAGGACCAGCCAGGGCCAACCAGGGCCAGCCAGGGCCAGCCAGGGCCAGCCAGGGGCAGCCAGGGCCAGCCAGGACCAGCCAGGGCCAGCCAGGGCCAGCCAGGGGCAGCCAGGGCCAGCCAGGACCAGCCAGGGCCAGCCAGGGGCAGCCAGGGCCAGCCAGGACCAGCCAGGGCCAACCAGGGCCAGCCAGGGCCAGCCAGGGGCAGCCAGGGCCAGCCAGGACCAGCCAGGGCCAGCCAGGACCAGCCAGGGGCAGCCAGGACCAGCCAGGACCAGCCAGGGCCAGCCAGGACCAGCCAGGGCCAGCCAGGGCCAGCCAGGGCCAGCCAGGGGCAGCCAGGGCCAGCCAGGGCCAGCCAGGGGCAGCCAGGACCAGCCAGGGCCAACCAGGACCAGCCAGGGGCAGCCAGGGGCAGCCAGGGCCAGCCAGGACCAGCCAGGGGCAGCCAGGGGCAGCCAGGACCAGCCAGGGCCAGCCAGGGGCAGCCAGGACCAGCCAGGGGCAGCCAGGGGCAGCCAGGACCAACCAGGGCCAGCCAGGACCAGCUGUUCCACUGUGAGUGGACAUCAGACAUCAGGCAUGAGCAGAGAGAUUAGGAUGUCAGACCUGCUGGGUUCAGACCUGCUGGGUUCAGACCUGCUGGGUUCAGACCUGCUGGGUUCAAAUACUAUUUGA